UGUAUAUCAAUGCACGUAGGCCAAGCGGGCGUUCAGAUGGGCAACUCCUGCUGGGAGUUGUAUUGCCUGGAACAUGGUAUCCAGCCGGACGGGACCAUGCCGUCCGACAAAGCUUCCGGUUCCAACGAUUGCUUCAACACCUUCUUCAACGAGACGGGCUCUGGCAAGAUGGUACCGCGCGCCGUGAUGAUCGAUCUCGAGCCGACUGUCGUCGAUGAAAUUCGGACAGGAACGUACAAAGGAUUGUAUCACCCGGAGCAAUUAAUUACCGGCAAGGAGGACGCUGCCAAUAAUUAUGCUCGCGGUCAUUAUUCCAUCGGAAGCGAGGUCAUCGAGUCCGUGAUGGACCGUGUGCGCAGACUAACCGAUCAGUGCACCGGCCUGCAAGGCUUCUUCGUCUUCCACUCGUUCGGGGGUGGCACAGGAUCGGGGUUCACGUCUCUGCUUAUGGAAAGGCUGUCCGACGAUUACGGCAAGAAGAGCAAAUUGGAAUUUGUCAUAUAUCCAGCGCCACAAGUGUCUACUGCCGUGGUGGAGCCGUACAAUGCGGUAUUAACAACACACACGACGAUCAGUCACUCAGAUUGUGCGUUCAUGGUGGACAACGAAGCAAUCUACGACAUUUGUCGGCGCAAGCUCGGCAUCGAGCGGCCCUUAUACGCGAAUCUGAACCGGCUCAUCAGCCAAGUGGUGUCGUCGAUUACCGCGUCCUUGAGAUUCGACGGCGCCCUGAACGUCGACUUGACCGAGUUCCAGACAAAUCUGGUGCCCUAUCCCCGCAUACACUUUCCCCUGGCGACCUAUGCUCCGGUGGUGUCCGCCGAAAAGGCCUACCACGAGGGCAUAUCGGUCGCGGAGAUUACCUCCGAGUGCUUCGAGGCCGCGAACCAGAUGGUCAAGUGCGAUCCGCGCGAGGGCAAGUACAUGGCCUGCUGCCUCCUGUACCGCGGCGAUGUCGUGCCCAAGGACGUCAAUGCCGCGAUCGCCGCUAUGAAGGGCAAGAGUUACAUCCGCUUUGUCGACUGGUGUCCCACGGGCUUCAAAGUCGGGAUCAAUUAUCAGCCGCCCACGGCCGUGCCGGGCGGCGAUCUCGCGAAGGUCCAACGAGCUGUCUCUAUGCUAUCUAACACGACCGCUAUUGAAGAAGCAUGGGCCAAGCUCAAUCGCAAGUUUGAUCUAAUGUACAACAAGCGGGCAUUUAUUCACUGGUACGUAGGGGAAGGUAUGGAGGAGCUUGAAUUCGCGGAAGCGCGCGAGGACCUCGCGGCACUCGAGCGGGAUUACGAGGAAGUCGCCCUCGAAUCUCCGUCCACACCGGAUACAUCGCUGGAGUAUUAACAUCGCGCGUUUUUUUGGAGGAAAUCU